AUGCCGGCAAUGGAUCCCAACGAGGACACCGAGUGGAACGAUAUUCUGCGCAAGCACGGCAUUCUGCCCCAGCAGGUCAAGAUCACGCAAAACGACAUCUACGACUCUGCUGUAGAGAAGGCACAGGAAGAGGAGAGCAGGCGCCUGGAAAAUCUCGACCUUGACGAGCUCGAUGAGCUGGAGGACGAAGAAGACGACCGCAUUCUGGAGUUCUACCGGCAACAGCGGUUGGCCGAAAUGCAAGCGCAUCUGGACAAGGAGAAAUUCGAGUGCAAGCUGAUGAAUCGCAUUUUGUCUGAGCUCGCUCAGCAGUACCGCGCGACAAAGUUUGUCAAGAUCGUCUCUGUCGAGUGUAUCCAUAAUUAUCCGGAUGCUAAUUUGCCGACGCUGCUGGUCUACGGCAAGGGCGAUAUGCAAGGGCAGCUCGUGCGCUUGGACCGCUUUGGUGGCAUGCGGACGAAGCGCAAGACAUUGAGAAGUAUCUGCUGGACAUGGGUGCGAUUGACUCGAGCCUCCGCCGCCCUCUGCCCAACGAGAACGCCUCCGACGAAGAGAGCGACGACGAUUCUGCAAGCCAGUGUACUUUGA